CUGCUCAAGCCUUUUUUUUGGGGCAGUCUAGAGCAGUGCCAGCGAAGCUUGGCCGUGCCGAUGGUGGUCACAGCGGGAAAAGGCAUGGAUGCCUCGCGAUCGGACAAGCAGCACACGAUCUUGGAGACGAUCGAAUUGAGUGAUGAAAGUGAUGAUGAGUUCAACUACGAGGAGCUGCCCGAAGACCCGGAGCUUCUCGAACCGGACGACGAGGAGGAGCAGUUGGAUGACAUCAACCGUCUCCUUGCAGAGACUAAGCAAGCUGAUACCCAGGAGGCCACAGAAGAAGCUGGGCUUGCCAAGGUGCAGCAGCGUCCUCAAGUCAUUGACGAUUUCUUCCGGAACUUCCUCCUCAAGUAUGGGAUGAAGCGAUCCCUGGACGUUUUUCAGGCAGAGUGGUACGAGAUGCAGCAGAAUGGGAAGUUCAAGGACUCUGAGCUAGCAGUGGUCCCCGAUGUCUACACCCGCAACCACGGAUUUCAGCAAGAGGUGUUGCUGUUGCGGGAGGAGCUGGAGAAAGCUCGCGUGGUGGCCGCGAAGGCCAAGGAGUCCUGGGACAAGUUCCGCAAGGAGCGAGAUUACCAUCGCAUGCAUCAUCGUCGCGUGGUGCAAGAAAAGAACAAGCUCAUUGUCGACUUGAAGCGCUUGAAGAAGCAUUAUGAGCAGUACGAGCCGACGCUGACAGAAUUACGGCACAAAUAUGAAGUGGCCAUGAAGGAGAAGAUGCUCAUGCGACUGGAACGUGAUCGAUAUGCUGCAAAGGCCGAGUCCUUGCAGAAGCAGCUCUCACAGGUUGAAGCGAAAGAAGAGAAUAUGAACAGCAAGGAUUUGACCGACAGUGACGAGCUGCAGCGCAAGAAGAAGACCCUGCGGGAAGCUCCGUGGCCCAGCGAAGACAGGACGAACCCCUAUAGCAACUCCAACUUCGAGGCCGUGCGCAUCUCGGAUUUCACGAGGAGCCAAGUCUUCAAAGGACAUAUGGGGGCUAUUUCUCGAGUGGCUUUCCACCCGAAGAUUCCGGUGGUGGCAACGGCCUGUGAUGACCAUACUUGGAAGAUGUGGUCGAUGCCGGAAGGUCAGCUGGUCCUGAGUGGUGAAGGUCACAGGGACUGGGUCAGCGGUAUCGCCUUCCAUCCACGCGGCUCCUUGGUUGCUACCUCUUCAGGAGACUCCACGGUGAAGAUUUGGGACGUGGCCAAAGAAAAGUGCAAACACACUCUGACAGAUCACACACAGCCUGUGUGGGCUUGUUCCUUUCACGAUCUUGGGGAUUUUGUGGUAUCCUGCUCGAUGGAUCAGACGGUGAAAGCCUUUGAUACGACCAGCAUGCGAUGCCGACAGACCUUUCGCGGCCACGUGGACUCGGUGAACUUCGUGACCCUUCAGCCCUUCUCGAACAACGUGUUGACCGCCUCAGGCGACAAGACGAUCUCACUCUGGGACCUGCGAACGGGUCUGUGUGUGCAGACCUUCUAUGGCCAUGCCAAUGCUUGCAACCACGCCAUGUUCAAUUUGAAGGGUGACACUGUGGCAUCCUGCGAUGCAGAUGGCAUCGUGAAGCUGUGGGAUGUGCGAGUGGUGUCAGAGUUCCUACAGAUUGACACUGGGCGACAUCCAGCCAAUGCUUCCAACUUCGACCGCAGUGGAAAGGUCCUGGCCAUCGCGUCGGGCGAUGCAUCCAUCAAAACCUUCAACAUUGAUGACAAGGUCUUCGUGGCAAAUUUGGAAGGGCACGAUGAUUCCGUUCAGGAUGUGGUCUUUGAGCCCGUGGCCAACAAAUUCCUCAUCAGCGGGUCUUCUGAUGCUACCUUCGCACUAUGGCAAUAGCCAUGCAUGACUGAGUUUCACUUAAGUUUCACCAUGUGCAGCCAGGAUGCUCCGACCAGGUCAGGUGGCCUUUCUGCGAUGGGACUGCCA